UAUUAUUCGGAAGUAGAAACUCGGACAUUUCCGACGUACUAACAGUAGUUAUACAGGUGCCACAUCGAAUCAGCAAGUCGGACAUUUUCGAGUUUCCUAGUUCCGACUAGUGUUUGAAUGAGGCAUCAACACCGAUUGCCUCUGCCCUGGUCGUGUGGCACGUUUUGACGGUUUUCCACGUCGCAGUUCUCGUCAUCGGUUGCGUGCACGACUCGAGCGAGGCCGGAAAGAUGGCGGCGCCCGUCCUGAGAGUGUCCACCCCUCGAUGGGAAAGAAUAGCCAGGCUCCUUGUUUGCGUAUUGGGCAUAUUGUUGUCUUUAUACGCCUAUCAUGUGGAAACGGAAAAGGCUAGAGACUCGAAUUAUCGGGCCAUGUGCGACGUGAGCAAUUCUAUCAGCUGUUCAAAAGUCUUCACCUCCAGGUGGGGUCGAGGAUUUGGACUGUUGGGCUCAAUCUUCGGAAUCGACAGUGCAAUGAACCAGCCAAACAGUGUCUAUGGAAUUUUCUUUUAUGUCUUUCAACUGUUACUAGGAAUCACCGUGAGUGCGAUGGCUGCCCUGAUCCUCAUGACGACGUCUAUCCUAUCGGUGAUGGGCUCGCUCUAUCUGGGCUACAUCCUCUACUUUGUCCUCAAGGACUUCUGCAUCAUCUGCAUCACCACAUAUGCACUGAACUUCAUUCUCUUUAUGCUCAACUACAAGCGACUGGUUUACUUGAAUGAGGCCUGGAAGCAGCAGGUGCCAGCCAAACAGGACUAAGAUGGGUUGUAUAGUACAGUAGGCAAGUGAAAAAUAUAACAAACAAAAAAUGAAAUGUGACCUCUUGAACAGAACAUUUUGACUUGCCACCAGGAGACCUUGCUUCCAAAACAAUGUUUAUUCUGCUGUGUGUUAUAAAAGAAACAAGGUUACCUUAAAAAAAAAAAAUUGGGCCAGACAUCUCUCAAGUUCAUUGUUGCAUACGUGAUGGAAGGAUAUAAAAAAAGAGGGGGAAUAAUUUGUUUCUUUAAAAAAAAAAAAAAUUAUCCAACCCCUGUGACACAGGUGAUAAAUAGGGUUAUGGGGGUAAAAACACAUUCAAUCCAAGCAAGCAGGAAAGCAAAGGCAGAAUGCCGGUCUUCACUGUGGAAGAUGGGAGGACAGGACACCCUUCUGAACCAGAAGGACCAGAACAUGGAAGAAAACUGGGACUUAUAAAAAGGUGUAUACUUGAAAUAAAUAGGAAGGUCCUGUUCCUGCACACCUGCCCGGAUCCGGAAGCUAGCUGUAACAUUACUACAACCUGAGCGGAACUGAAAAAUGGGUCAGAAUACAAAAUGCAUGGUCAUGGGGUGAACAAUCAUACAGUUCGCAGCAGCAGCUAUGAUUCCAUGAGGAGAGAGAAACAACAAAGACCAUACAAUAGUUUUUAUGUUUACACUUUACAGCAAUUUUAUUUUGUCUUUUGAAAAGGACCACUAAUAUGAAACAUUUGAGAUUGUGUGUAAUUCAGUCACAUUAUUGUGUUUUUGUUUUCUUUUAGAAAUUCUGUAAAUAGCUGCUGAGCAGUAUUCCAGGCUAGAUUGUGAUUUAGUGUUAACAUAGACUUUAAGUAAAAUCAAAUAAUUGAAUCACAAAAUGAGGAACAAAAAAGUAACUGAAAUCAAGUCGUCAUCUGAGUAUAUAUGAAGAUCUGUUUUGCAGUCAGUCAGUGUGUGACAUCUUAAGUUCCUACAAUCCCAAGCGAGGCAUGCUGCUCUAAGUUGUGUGGAUCUAAUGUAAGUCAAGUCAAGUGCUCACUGAUCAGUUCUUUCUCAGUCGCACUCACUGAGGUCCCAAGGCAUCUGAUAAGCCCUUCCUCAGUGUUCAACUAUUUACACUGGAAAACAAAGUCCAGGUAGUCCCAGGUGUUUUAUUUAGAUUUCUUACGUUUGGUGCCUAAUGAACAUGGCCCUAGUUCAUUUCUCCUCUGCCGAGACUACUUACUCUCCAUAAUGGCACCUUCACUGUCUUGUCUUUUAUUACGUGUGAAAAGCAUUCCUGACACCACACGCUACUGUAGGAGUGGGAUCCAUUAAGACUUAUGUGCCUAAAAGAGAUGAAGAGAAUUACCUUUAUUUUGUUGGGAGGAGGGAUAUAUGUAAUGUAUCACUACUUUUUGCUCAUUCUCACCAUUGUUAGAUUUUUUUAUUUUUAUUACCUGAAUUGGGUACUUAAAUGCUAUGUUAGUGUCUCACCCCUCUCCUGUAUAUUCUAAUGGUAAUGUAGCACAUGCGGCUAAACAAGCAAUGAUUGUCUGUCCGCUCGGUGGUGGUGGUGGUGGUAGUAGUAGUAGGCUGUUUUGUUAAAAAAAAGCUCUUAAGGCAUUUUUGUAGGUUACUGUUGUUGGUUGAGAAGUAAGGUGCAUUGUCUCUCUCUUAAUGGUACAACAGCACUGUUUGUGGGGAAGGAAACCACACAGUACUCGGUGUCCUUGCCACUACCUCUCAGUAUUGCCUAAGGUGUGUGGAACAAACCAAGCCAGUUGGAACGUCCAGAACCAGCGCCAAGGGAAGCAGACUAGCUGAUAGAUCAGCUUAAAGCCAUUCAACUCCAAAUAAUAUUGCACUUGUUUGUGAGGUUGCUUUCCAAUGCAACAUCCCCUGGCUCACAUUGAACAAUCUCAUUGAUAUGGUUUUAAAUGGGCACUUAUCAUAGCUACAUGUUAUAUUUCAGAUUGUUACACAAGUUGGUUUAUGAGGUACAUAUUGUUUGCAUUGUAACUCACUCACUAGCUCUGCACUUGGUAUUCAAAACAUGGUUGUUGCAUCAGAAUUUUAGCAGUGACAAACUCACUGAGGUCAUUGGGCAUGAUGACACUGAUCAAGAAAUAAGCCUGUGUGCUCACUUCUAAAGCUCCACUCCUGGAGGUUGAUUUAAAGUAAUCUGGUUGCACAGUACAGACUUUCCUAUGGGUUACUCACUGUGUCUAUGUUGGCACUGUCAGCCAUCAACAAACUACAAUAGCAAUCGUUGCUACAGUAGUUCAGUAAUGUUGGGACAUAAACCAUGUUACUAUGGAAUUAUUUGGGAGACUUAAUAAUAGUCCCACAAUUCCAGAGAGGUGGGUGGGGAAUAUGUUUGGCUUAUUAAAUCACACAAGUCAAAGUCCCUAAAAGAAGCUUACAUGCGGUGUUCCUUACCUGUUAGAUAAAGAGUCACCACAUUUGACGUAUGUUUUUACGUCAAAUUAAAAUAAUUUAUUAAUAAAGUCAAUAGAAAUACAGCUAAAUGCAUAAUACGCCCUCGGCUAAUCUUGAUCAGUGUCCUGUUCAUGAAGUGUUGAGUGAAUUCUAAAAGGUCCCAAGAUUUCGAACUAAGACAGUCAUGUUCGCUGCAUCAACAAAUGCCAUCAAAAGUGCCUUCUGUUGGCUAGUUGGCAAGAGCACAAGCAGAUCUGAGACCAGGCUACUCCAUAGACCUUGUGGGUAGAAAUGACCCACCAAAAAGCCCCGUCUUGUAUUUAAACGGUCAUUGUUCUUUUUUCCCCUUUUUUUCCCCCAAUUCUCUUAACUAUAUUUUCAGUACAUUCGUCUUAAAAUGUUAUCUUUAAUUUCUCUGUUAUUAGAGAUGGACACUUGUUUCUGAAAAAAAAAAAAUACAUUGUCCAAAUUACAAUAUUUCUUUCUCUGACUGUGAAUUAGUGAAAUAGUUAUUUCUCCCCUAAUGUUGUAUAAAUGGACUCCAUUAGUAACUACACCCAGCUGUAUAGAGUUAAAAUUAUGGGUUAUUUUAGUAGAAAAAGGAUUGGAGGUCUAGGAAUCCAUGUCAUCACAUUUCUUUGUGGGAGGAAGACUAGGUUUGCUUUUGUAUUUGCCAAAUAUUAAGUUGAAAAAAUGCUGUAUUUUCUUACAUGGAACAAGUGUUACAUGAAUGGUUGAUGAGAUGGGUGCAGAGAAACAAUCGGAUGAAAUUCUGUAUUUGUGAGAAACUGUUGCGGAAGUUGACACGAGUGAACAUUUUUAAUUGUGUCGUUGUGUGGAAAUGGUCUACCAUUAAAACACCUUCUGAAGUGA